ACAGUACAAGUCGUCGUCGUCGUCGUCUAGUUAGACGAAAGCAUAAGAAACGUGACUCUCGUUCUCAUAAAUUCUCAUUACAACAAGAAACCUUUAUCAUUUUAGAGAACUGUGACUUUGCAUUCAGUUAGGGCAAAGUAUCAUAUUCUCUCUUUUUCUUCCACAACUUUCAUCUCUGAAACCCUCUGCUUCUCCAGACCCGAUGCUUGACCCCAUGGACUUGCUCCGAUCCAAUCUCUCCCGGGUUCGGAUCCCGGAGCCUACGAACCGUAUCUACAAGCAUGAAUGCUGCUUAUCGUUCGACACUCCGAGAUCAGAAGGUGGCUUGUUCAUUGACAUGAAUACAUUCCUUGCUUUUGGAAAAGAGUGUGUUGCUUGGAACUACGAGAAGACUGGAAAUCCAGUAUAUUUACAUAUAAAGCAAACAAAAAAGUUGGUACCUGAAGAUAGGCCUUUGAAAAAACCAACUCUACUGGCUAUAGGGGUUGAUGGUGGAUAUGAUAACAAUGAAAUUGAAUAUGAAGAGACCUACAGCAUUGUCAUAAUUCCUGAUUACGCAAUCCUUCCAUUUCCUUCUGUAGAGUUACCAGAGAAGGUAAGGUUGGCAGUUGAUGCUAUUUUAUUAGCUGAGAGUGCUGAGCGGAAAGAGCAAGUUGCAGCCUGGACAGCAGAUAAAAAACAAGUUAGUGCUUAUGCAACGAAUUUGCAACAAAUUGACAAUGGUGUUAUUGUUCCUCCAUCUGGUUGGAAAUGUGCAAAGUGUGAUAAAACAGAGAAUCUUUGGUUAAAUUUAACUGAUGGUACGAUUCUUUGUGGGCGGAAAAAUUGGGAUGGAACUGGUGGCAACAACCAUGCCGUUGACUAUUAUAAGGAAACAAACUAUCCUCUUGCUGUAAAACUGGGGACCAUUACAGCUGACUUAGAAGGAGCAGAUGUUUUCUCAUACCCAGAGGAUGAAAGUGUUGUGGAUCCACUCCUAGCGCAACAUCUGCAAUUUUUUGGCAUUGAUUUUUCAUCAUUACAGAAGACAGAAAUGACUACUGCUGAGAGAGAACUUGACCAAAAUACAAAUUUUGAUUGGAACCGAAUCCAAGAAAGUGGACAGGAUGUUGAACCGAUUUGUGGACCUGGUUACACAGGGCUUGUCAAUCUUGGAAAUAGCUGUUACCUCGCAGCAACUAUGCAAGUUGUCUUCUCAACAGACUCUUUCUACACACGAUACUACAAGAACCAGAGUUUAAAAAUGGCAUUUGGGAUGGCUCCUGCUGAUCCCACUGUAGACCUGAAUAUGCAGUUAACAAAGCUGGGACAUGGUUUGCUAUCUGGUAAAUACUCUGUUCCCUCUCAGGAGGGAAGUGAUGAUUUCAAUGUUAAAAAUUCAUCAUCAACUGCUAAACAGGAAGGAAUACCACCUCGUAUGUUCAAAGCUGUUAUUGCUGCCAGCCAUCCUGAAUUUUCUACCAUGAGACAGCAGGAUGCCCUGGAGUUUUUCCUACAUUUUCUCGAUCAAGUAGAACAAGUAGAACGAUCUAAUUCUGGGAGAUCUGAGGCUGAUUCUUCAAGGUGCUUCAAGUUUGGUGUUGAAGAUCGUAUUCAGUGUUCUUCUGGAAAAGUUGCUUACAAUAGAAGGCUUGAUUAUAUUCUAUCUUUAAAUAUCCCAUUGCAUGCAGCUUCUAAUAAAGAUGAACUUGAAGCCUUUCAGAAACUGAAAGCAGAAAAAAUUUCAGAAGGGAAGGAAAUAUCCAAUGAUGAGAUUGUACGCCCAAGGGUGCCUCUUGAAGCAUGCCUUGCUAGCUUUUCAUCUCCAGAGGAGAUACAUGAUUUUUACAGUACUGCAUUGAAGGCAAAGACAACAGCUAUCAAGACUACAGGUCUAACUUCAUUCCCUGAUUACUUAGUGUUGCACAUGCGGAAAUUUGUAAUGGAGGAGGGCUGGGUGCCUAAAAAGCUAGAUGUCUAUGUAGAUGUUCCUGAUAUUAUAGAUAUUAGUCACAUGCGCAGCAAGGGAUUGCAACCUGGGGAAGAGAUCUUACCAGAGUGUUUUCCUGACAAUGAGGCUGAAUCAAAUCUACCUUUUGCCGAUGAGGGUAUUGUAUCUCAGCUUGUUUCCAUGGGGUUUAGCCAUCUUCAUUGUCAGAAGGCUGCAAUUAAGACCUCAAAUACUGGAGUGGAAGAGGCAAUGAAUUGGUUACUUUCUCACAUGGACGACGCGGAUAUAGAUGCUCCUAUAUCUCAAGGUGGAGAACCUGCAGUCGACCAAUCAAAACUUGAAAUGCUGCUUUCAUUUGGAUUUUCAGAAGAAGUAGCUCGGAAGGCACUGAAGGCAUCGGGUGGUGACAUUGAGAAAGCAACAGAUUGGAUAUUCAACAAUCCUGAUGCUGCAUCUGCUUCUUCUGAUAUGGAUGCAACAACAUCGAACCCAACUUCUAACCCAGCUGACAUCGGGUUACCUGAUGGCGGAGGAAGAUACAAACUUAUGGGAAUUGUAAGCCACAUUGGAACCUCCACUCAAUGUGGGCAUUACGUGGCUCACAUUUUCAAAGAUGGGAGAUGGGUCAUUUUUAACGAUGACAAGGUUGGGGCUUCCAUUAAUCCUCCCAAGGACAUGGGAUAUUUGUACUUUUUUGAGAGGAUCAAUAGUUGAGAGAUACCGGGUUUUAACUUUCGAAUACAUGCAAAAGUGGUAGGAGACACUCAAUAGUGGAUAGUUUUGCAGAAACCUGUUUGAUGUAUUCUUUGGUCUGGCGUAGCAUUAAUUUCUGCAACGCCCUUUGACCCGCGACGGUAUCAGUUUCCCAUUGGCUAUAUCGAUGCUGUUUUUGGUUGCGGCCUUUACUGAGUUUACCUGAUUUCUCUGCAGUUUUUUCUCCCCUCAUUUCCUUUUAUAUUAGACAUUCAAAUUCUCAUGUUACCCAUUACAUUCUUCAGAAACUUUGGGUUAUUGUUGUCGGGAAUUAUUUCUCUCGGUGAUAAAUAUGAAAGUUCUUCAUGCUCUUUAUUAUGUGCGAACUUUGAUAAAGUAAAAUAGAUUAGUCAAUUAUUUU